UCAAAUAGGAGCAAAGAUGGCGGACAACAAAGGCCAAGAGUGUACGCAGAGCUCCGUCAACAUGGAGGUAGAAACUCCGACGGGAGAAGAAAACGGAGACGGCGGCGCGAAGGACCAAGAGCCGGUCGUUUUAAUCGUCGCGGACACGAAAAACGGAGGGGACGAGCUGAAACCUCAAGAGACCGUCUCCCUAUCGCUGACGACAUCCAGGACUAGCAACCGCAGCGGCGAAGCUCGAGACGGGACCCCGAAUGCCGAGAGCAGUGAGCAGCCGCCGCCUUCGUCCUCCUCUUCCUCAGCGGAAAGCACCACAGCUGGCGCAUCACCCGCUCUCACCACCGAAAUGUCGCCUCCUCCACCAGCACCACCACCAGUAGCACCUUCUUCCUCAACCCCUGCCGCCCCGAUAAGCCUGCUGGAUACGUGCGCUGUAUGUAAACAGAGUCUGCAGAACCGCGACUGUGAGCCCAAACUCCUGCCCUGUCUGCACUCUUUCUGCCUGAAGUGCAUCCCGCAGCCGGAGCGAAAGAUCACCGUCCCGGUGCAGGGCCCCCAUGGGCAGGACACUCAUAUUGUGAACGUCAUGCGUUGUACAGUGUGUCUUCAGGAGUACAAACAGACCGACAUGGUGGACAAUUAUUUUGUCAAGGACACGUCAGAAGCCACGAGCAAUUCAGUGGAGAACUCUACACAGGUCUGCACGAGCUGUGAAGACAAUGCAACCGCUGUUGGAUUCUGCGUAGAAUGUGGGGAAUGGCUUUGUAAAACGUGCAUUGAAGCACAUCAACGGGUCAAAUUCACCAAGGACCAUAAAAUACGCAAAAAAGAGGAAGUGUCUAAUGAGUCGGUCGGGACGUCAGGCCAGAAGCCUGUCUUCUGUCCGGUGCACAAACAAGAGGCCCUGAAGCUCUUCUGCGAGACAUGUGACACUUUAACCUGCAGAGACUGUCAACUGCUGGAGCAUAAAGAGCACAGGUACCAGUUUCUAGAGGAAGCUUUUGAAAACCAGAAAGGCAUCAUCGAAACAUUCAUGGCUAAGUUGCAAGAGAAGAGAAACUUUGUGGAAUUCUCUGCAUCUCAGGUGCACAACAGAAUCAAAGAAGUUGCUGAGACGCAUAAGAAGGUAGAACAUGAAAUAAAGAUCUCUGUCUUUACUCUCAUCAAUGAAAUCAACAAGAAGGGCAAGUCUCUACUGCAGCAGCUGGAGAGUGUGACCAAAGAGAGAAGUGGGAAGCUGAUCAACCAGCAGAGGGACAUCAGCAUUCUGGGCCAGCAGAUCAUCCAUGUGCUUAACUUCACCAACUGGGCCAUCAGCAAUGGCAGCAGCACAGCCCUGCUCUACAGCAAGAGACUGAUCACAUACCAGCUGCGGUUUAUUAUGAAGGCCCGUGUGGACCCAGUACCUCAAAGUAAUGGAGCAGUCCGGUUCUUCUGCGACCCCACCUUCUGGGCAAAGAAUGUGGUUAACCUUGGCAAUCUAGUUAUUGAGAAAGUGACACAUACUGCUCCUCCACCCAGCAUGAUGGUUGGUCAGCAAAUCUCUCCCAGUCACAAUCACCCAGGUAAGCACUCGGGACAGAUCAACCUGGCCCAGCUGAGGCUGCAGCACAUGCAGCAGGCUGCCAUCGCUCAGAAACAGCAGCAUCAGCAGCAGCAACAUCAGCAGCAGCAGCAGCAACAUCAGCAGCAGCAGCAGCAGCAGCAGCAGCAACAACAGCAGCAGCAGCAACAACAACAACAUCAGCAGCAUCAGCAACAGAUCCAGCAGCAGAUGCGCAUUGCCUCACAGAUGUCACAGCAUCCCAGACAAGGAGGACCACCACAGAUGAUACAACAACCGCCUCCAAGGCUAAUUAGUAUGCAGGCCCUCCAGAGGGGUGGGGUUAAUGGCUCCUCCCACAUGUAUCCACCUCAUCAUAUUCGCAUGGUGUCAGGGCAGAACCGCAUGCCCUCGGUGCAGCCCCGACUCAACGGCCAGCCAUAUCCCAUGAUGCAGCCUCAACUUCAGAGACAGCACUCCAACCCUGGGCAUGCCGGGCCCUUCCCUGUGGCGUCUCUACACAAUGCAAGUGCUGCCAACCCCACCAGUCCAACCAGUGCCAGCAUGGCGAAUGCCCACAUUCACCGGGGCCCCACCAGCCCUAUCGUGGGUCCCAUAGAGCUCAUACCUUCAGUCACCAACCCUGAAAACCUGCCCUGCCUGCCAGACAUCCCUCCCAUUCAGCUUGAAGAUGCUGGUUCGAGUAUGCUGGAUAAUCUCUUGAGUCGAUAUAUUUCUGCUAGUUCGUAUCCCCCUGUUGGCCCCAACAGCAGUUUAAAUCCCUCACCGGGAUCCUCGACACAUUCACCAGGAUCAUCAGGUUUAUCUAAUUCUCACACGCCAGCUCGUCCAUCCAGCACAUCAAGCACGGGCAGUCGGGGCAGUUGUGGUUCAGCUGGCAGACUUGGGCCAGGGAACAUGACCGUGGACCAGGUGAAGGUCAAACAGGAACCAGGAGUUGAGGAAGAAUGUAGCUAUUCUGGAUCAAAUGUCAAAACGGAACAUGGGAAAGAUGGCAGACUGAGUGCUUGCAUGAUGAGCAGCCCAGAAGGAAACGCAACCCCCCCUCUUCCCAUUCUCGGCACAGUGUCAACUGGUUCAGUCCAGGACAUUUUAAGAACACUUGGUGAGAACGUUAAAUCCGAACCACAGACUGAGCAGCUUUCAUCCUGCACAAACACCAACUCUAGCACACCUCUAACCAAUGGGAAUGGAAGUCAGAUAAAGUCUUUGCUUUCACUCCGGGGGAGCUCUGCCAAUUGCCAGGCCACUGCUACCAUCAACAGUCAGACCACUACAGGGAAGGAGGAUGACCCGAAUGAGGACUGGUGUGCAGUAUGUCAGAAUGGAGGAAGGCUGCUAUGCUGUGACCGCUGUCCUAAAGUCUUCCACGAAGAAUGCCAUAUCCCAAUGCUCAAAGGUUUGCCAAGUGGAGAUUGGAUGUGCACAUUGUGCCGAAGUCUCACAAACCCAGAGAUGGAAUACGACUGUGAUGAUGGUCCGUGCAGUAAGAAGGACAAGAGUGAGAUCGGAAUGAGUCCAGAAGACCAACGACGCUGUGAGCGUCUUCUGCUGUUUAUGUACUGUCAUGAGCUCAGUAUUGCAUUUAGAGAGCCUGUUUCCACAUUGGUACCCAAUUACUAUAAAAUAAUUAAGCAUCCAAUGGACUUGAAACUAAUAAAGAAGAAACUGGAGCAAAAACAUCCUCUGCAUUACAAGAGCCCCAAAGAGUUUGUGUCCGACGCUCGUCUGGUCUUCAUUAAUUGUGCCAAAUACAAUGAGAUGUCUCGAAUAAUCCAGGUUUAUGAUGAGGACAUACAGAAUAAUGUUCAGGCCGACUCGGAAGUAGCGGAGGCCGGAAAAGCUGUGAGCAUGUACUUCGAAGAAAAGCUGCUGGAGAUCUUUCCAGACCAAACGUUCCCGGCUGCCACGGAGGAGUCACAACCCGAGGACAAUAAGGAGGAUACGGAGGGCUCUGAUGAUGACGUUGUACAACCAAAACGCAAACGUUUAAAAGUCGACACUGAGAAGCUGAUGUAUAUAAAGUAAAGAAAAUGAGAGGACUGAGCAAUUUGGAGAAAAAAAAGGAAUGUGUCUUCCUUAAGACCGCCAUAUUAUUCUGCUCUACGAUGGGUCAGAUAAUUCUGGAACUGAUGGAGUUCAGAUAUUUCGUUUAUUUCAUGUUCUGCCCACCCUGGCAAUCCAUUGUAAAUGCUCCAAAUUGACUUUGAAACUUGCAUUGUGGAUGUUGGAGUGCGAAGGAUGAGGAUUUGUUAUUGGGUGUCAAUGAAAACACUUGUACAGAUUUAAAUAGGUUUUUGUUUUGGUCUGGUUAAGUAAAUAAUAUGCUUAUUUUCUUGCAUUUUUCUUUCCUUAAAACUAUCUGUUAUAAAUUAUACUCAUCUCUUCCGUUGUAUGAUAAAGUUUAACAUAUAUGGCCCAACUACCGCCUUUGCAUGUGUGUUCUGUUGCUCCUUCCUACUGAUAAUUCAGAUCUUUUAAAGAGGAGAAAGUUUUAUCAUUAUUUUCAAUCAAACGGUCACCCUUGUAUUGUUGGAAAGUGUUAAUCACAGACACUUUGGCUUUAAAAAGAUGAAUAUUAAAUGGAUGCCUGUGCCACCAGACAAAACCACACAAAAGUACCACAAAAAGAAACUGCUGCAAUGCUAGUUACAAGUCGAAAGGUGUUAAGUAUUGCAUAAUGGGUAAACUUAUGGUUGUAUAAUACCAGUUAAAGGUUUGAACCCAUUCUGUAUUAUAACCGUUUCCCACAUUUUAGCAAUCGAUGAAUUCAUCAACACCAACAAUGGAUGUAAGGGAAUUAUGUAGUAACCCAAAAAAAAGCAAUUAAAAACAUUUUAUAUUUCCAAAGUAUGAAAAAGUAUUCACCCUUUUGCUUGGAUAUCAGCUCUGCACUAUCUGGACAUUCUUUUGACCAACUUCAUGAGGCACAACCUGGGAUGCUUUUUAACAGUAUUAGAGUUCCCAUGUAUACUGGAUUCAUUUUGGCUGCUUUUCCUUCAGUGUAGUCCAACUCAUCCACAAAAAAAAGUUUAAAUUACGAUGUCAAUUAAAAAAACUGAAUCAUAUGACAAUUUAUUU